AUGACCGAAAUCACCAGCUCCAUGCCUAUGAUCAGCGACUGCAUACAUGCUGUUUCGUCCUCCCUUGUGGUCAAGCUUCCACCGUCUCAGAAUGCCUGCCCAAUAUGCGUCAUCACCUCUCAAAUGGCCGCAGUUCGAGCGGCCCAGAAUCACUUCUUGACGCGUGGAGGCGUCUUCGUGUCCAGUUCAGGCGACAUUAAAAAGCACGUCAUCGCUACAAGGUACUGGAAAAAGACAAAGAUCGCACUAGCAAAUACCAUCAUCAAGUUCGAAGACUUGCUCAAAGAGCCUGGCUUGCCAGUUGAAGAUAUAGCAAAGCUGAGUGAAGCACUGGGAGCAUGGGACGACCAAAAGAUAUUUCUGAGUAGAGUGCCAGGUUUGAGGUGUGUUAGAGGGCCAGAUACACCUGUACCGACCGAAGAGGAUAGGGAACGUGCAAGGGUGUUCAUGAACUGGCAAACACUCGUUCCUUUGUCCCCAGUCCUGAUUCAAUCUCCCCAGCAAUCCUCGCACACCCAAAAGACGGAAACUAAACCGUUUUCAGCCUCCCUCACAACCACCACAACCACUUACACGUACCCAGCUACCACCAAAUCCAUCUUCAAAACCCUCCGCACCCUCAUCACCCCGAAGCCCUCCGACCCAGCACAACAACCAAAACAUGUCCGCAUCUCCCCCUCCGCAACCAUCUCCUCCGAGCACCUCUCCACCGCCAACCCCUCCCCCUUCAAAUCCCUCUCCCGCACCUGCACCACCGCCCCGCACUCCGUUCACACCACCGCCGAGCACAAACGCCACAAAUACGCAUACUUCCGGCGGCACCCGACGUACGAGCCGGGAGUGUGGGCGUCAGCGGAGGGGUCCAGAAAGGUGAAUACGAGUUUCUAUCAUGCGAAGCCGUGGGCGGUGGAGAUGUAUGUAGGGAGGGAGUUGAAGAGGGAGGAGAGGGAGAGGAAGGUUGCGGUGCAGUUGGGGAGGGAUGGGCGGAAGUGGAUGGUGGCGCUGGCUGAGGCGAGGAAGAUGGAUGUGCAGAGAGUGAGGUUGGAGAGGUUGGUUGCUUGGUUGUUGGGGUUGGGAGGUGGGUAA